AUGCUACCCGUACCUACCCGUCCCCUCCACGCCAUCCCAGCCGAGUGCGCGACUUCCGACCGCUGCCGGCGCGUCUUUGACCACGUCCCCACCGUCGUCGUCAACAAUGCCGAAUGGACCUACAGCAACAAGCCCAGCCUCGACGUGACCGACGCCGAGUUUGACCGCGUCGUCGACAUCAACCUCAAGUCGGUCUUUCUGGCCACCCAGGCCGUCCUGCCCGCCCUCAUCGAGGCGCAGACGGGCGGCUCGUCUGUCAAUGUCUCGAGCACCGGCGCCAUCCGCCCGCGCCCCGGCCUCGUGUGGUAG